AUGUUCCUCACCACCGAGCUCGAGGCCGAAGUCGCCCAGCUCGAAUCCCGCCUCGCAGAUGCCCGCGCGCAACUAGCAGCCUCCGAAUACCCCAGCCCUCCAUCCUCGCACACAAACAGCUGGGCAAUGAAAGAACCAUGCACAUAUAAGAACCACCAUAAUAAUAAAUUCACCACCCCCUCCUCCUCCCUCCACGCCCUCCUGCUCCUCUCCGACUCCGCCUUACCACUAGGCUCAUUCGCCUACUCCAGCGGGCUGGAGUCCUACCUCGCACAUAACAAACCGCGCCGGUCGCAAUCCCCCGUCACAUCCUUCCACCGCUUCCUCAAACUCUCCAUAGCCUCAAUCGCAAGCACAUCCCUGCCCUACGUGCUAGCCGGCUACCGCGACCCCACCAUCCUCUCCACACUAGACAACGACCUCGACGCCUCCACCCCCUGCAUAGUCGGACAGCGCGCCAGCAUCGCCCAAGGCCGGGCCCUAAUCGGCGUCUGGGAGCGCGCGUUCCGAGUCUCCUUCGCUGGCCCCGAGAACCCCGCUGGUCGGGAUGCUGAGGCGGCGGUGGCGGCGAUUGACGACCUGAGCGAUGCGCUCAAGUCUUCGCUCGAGGACGACGAUCUAGGGCCCAAGGGGCACUUUGCGCCGCUCUGGGGUGUGGUGUGUCGCGCCAUGGGACUGGAUUUGCAGGAGACGGCGUAUGUGUUUGUGGUCAACCAUGCCAAGGCCGUUUUGAGUGCGGCGGUGCGGGCUUCUGUGAUGGGCCCGUAUCAGGCGCAGAAUGUGCUGGCGAGUCAGACUUUGCAGGAUACCAUUAUGAAGAGGAUUGGGCGGGAGUGGAAUACUCCUGUGGAGGAGGCUGGGCAGGUUGUUCCGGCGUUGGAUUUAUGGAUUGGGAGACAUGAGUUGUUGUAUAGUAGAAUCUUUAACUCAUGA